AUGGAGAAGUAUUUGAACCAGAAUUUUGGUGGGGUGAAGGGGAAGCACUCGUCCGAGGAGGCCCUGCAGCGAUGGAGGAGCGUCUGCGGCGUCGUCAAGAACCCGAAGAGGCGGUUCAGGUUCACGGCCAACCUGUCGAAGAGGGUCGAGGCCAAGGCCAUGAAGAAAUCCAAUCAGGAGAAGCUGCGCGUUGCUGUAUUAGUUUCAAAAGCUGCACUUCAGUUUAUACAUGGCAUCACAUUAGAGGAAUAUAAGGUACCUGACAAAGUGAAGGCCGCCGGUUUUCAGAUUUGUGCCGAUGAAUUAGAAGCCGUUGUUGAAGGCCACAGCAUAAAGAAAUUGAAAGCUCACGGUGGAUUGGACGGCAUCGUAGGAAAACUCAACACAUCACCUGAAAAUGGGAUAAGUGCGACCAAUAAAGACCUAAGACGUAGGCUACGAAUAUAUGGAGCUAAUAAGUUCACCGAAACCCCAGUUAAAAGUUUUUGGGUAUUUGUAUGGGAGGCACUUCAGGAUAUGACCCUCAUGAUUCUUGGUGUGUGCGCUCUCGUAUCUCUGACAGUCGGUACCGCUACUGAGGGAUGGCCUGUAGGUGCGCAUGACGGCCUUGGAAUUGUUGCUAGUAUCUUGUUAGUUGUUCUGGUCACCGCGACGAGCGAUUACAGACAGUCGUUACAGUUUAAAGAUUUGGAUAAGGAGAAGAAGAAGAUAUCUAUACAAGUUACCCGAAAAGGAUUUAGACAGAGACUGUCUAUUUAUGAUCUACUUCCCGGUGAUGUUGUUAAUCUGGCAAUUGGAGAUCAAGUGCCUGCUGACGGAUUGUUCAUAUCAGGAUUUUCUUUGCUUAUCGACGAGUCAAGUCUCACAGGAGAGAGCGAGCCCGUGGAGGUUAAUUCUGAGAACCCGUUUCUUCUAUCGGGAACGAAAGUUCAAGAUGGCUCGUGCAAAAUGCUGGUGACUACUGUUGGGAUGAGGACGCAAUGGGGGAAACUGAUGGCUACCCUUAGUGAAGGAGGGGACGAUGAGACUCCUCUGCAAGUGAAAUUGAAUGGCGUCGCGACUAUUAUUGGAAAAAUCGGGGUGUUCUUUGCGGUGGUGACAUUUGCGGUGCUAACGCAAUCUCUUAUUAAACGUAAAUUUCAACAGGGUUUGGUCUUUCGCUGGUCAGGGGACGACGCGUUGGAGCUUUUAGAGUAUUUUGCUAUUGCGGUCACAAUAGUUGUGGUCGCGGUUCCUGAAGGAUUGCCGUUGGCUGUGACGUUAAGCCUUGCUUUUGCCAUGAAGAAAAUGAUGAAUGAUAAAGCGCUGGUUCGAAAUCUUGCGGCAUGCGAGACAAUGGGAUCAGCUACAUCUAUUUGCAGCGAUAAGACUGGAACACUAACAACUAACCGAAUGACUGCUGUAAAAGUUUGCAUUUGUGGAAAUGUUAAGGAGUUGAAUAAUCCUAAAGAGGCUAGCAAUCUCGCCUCUCAAAUUCCCGAAGUUGCGGUUAAAAUUCUUUUGCAGUCAGUAUUUAAUAACACCGGAGGAGAAGUUGUUACCAAUCAAGAAGGGAAAACCGAAAUUCUAGGUACGCCAACAGAGAGCGCCAUCUUAGAAUUUGCCUUGAAUUUGGGUGGAAAUUUUCAGGCAGAGCGCCAAGCAGUGAAGCUCAUCAAAGUCGAACCCUUCAAUUCUACCAAGAAGAGAAUGGGAGUGGUUCUCCAACUUGAAGAUGGACGAUACCGUGCUCAUACUAAAGGUGCUUCUGAGAUAAUAUUGGCUUCUUGCGAUAAGUUUUUAAAUCCCGAAGGCCAAGUUGUCCCUCUUGAUGAAGGAGCAACUAAGCAUCUCAGCUAUACGAUAGAAAGCUUCGCUAAGGAAGCUCUUCGUACGCUCUGUGUUGCUUAUAUGGAAAUAGAGGAUGGUUUCUCACUGAACGAUCAGAUUCCUAUGAGGGGUUACACUUGUAUCGGAAUCGUGGGUAUCAAAGAUCCAGUUCGUCCUGGCGUAAAGGAGUCGGUUGCAGUUUGCAGGUCUGCAGGGAUAACAGUGAGAAUGGUUACAGGAGAUAACAUUAAUACUGCAAAAGCCAUUGCAAGAGAAUGUGGGAUACUUACAGAUGAUGGUAUAGCUAUAGAAGGUCCAGAUUUUCGAGAGAAAAAACUAGAAGAGUUAAAUGAACUAAUUCCAAAAAUUCAGGUAAUGGCUCGAUCCUCGCCUUUGGAUAAACAUACUUUGGUAAAACACUUGAGAACCACAUUUGGUGAAGUAGUUGCUGUGACUGGUGAUGGUACGAAUGAUGCUCCGGCGCUUCACGAGGCAGAUAUUGGUCUGGCAAUGGGUAUUGCAGGAACUGAGGUCGCAAAAGAGAGUGCUGAUGUUGUAAUUCUCGACGACAAUUUCUCAACCAUUGUCACUGUGGCCAAAUGGGGUCGCUCCGUGUACAUCAACAUUCAGAAGUUUGUGCAAUUUCAGCUGACCGUUAACGUUGUUGCUCUGGGUGUUAAUUUCUCCUCGGCUUGCUUCACUGGAAAGGCUCCGCUCACUGCAGUUCAGUUGCUUUGGGUGAACAUGAUAAUGGACACACUGGGAGCACUUGCACUAGCCACAGAGCCGCCGAACAAUGAAUUGAUGAAGAGAACACCGGUUGGAAGAAAAGGGAAUUUUAUCAACAAUGUGAUGUGGAGAAAUAUUUUCGGCCAAUCUCUCUUUCAGUUUAUCUUAGUUUGGUCUUUCCAAGCAGGAGGGAAAUGGUUUUUCCGGCUGAAGGGCCCUGAGUCUGAUAUCACGCUGAAUACACUUAUUUUCAAUACCUUUGUCUUCUGCCAGUUGUUCAACGAGAUAAGCUCGAGAGAGAUGGAGAAGAUAGACGUGUUUGAUGGAAUCUUAGAGAACAAUGUGUUUGUGAUCGUUGUUGCGAGCUCUAUCAUUUUUCAAUUCAUAAUCGUUCAGUUCCUUGGUGAUUUUGCCAACACAAUUCCUCUCACUUUCUUUCAAUGGAUUGCCACAAUGUUCUUCGGGUUUCUCAGCAUGCCCAUCGCUGCCGCAGUCAAAAUGAUUCCUGUUGGAUCGACGUGAUUGAUCAUCAAAAUUUCAGAAGCAAGGAAAAUAAAUCUCAAGUCACCUUUAGAGAUAUCUCACAUGACACGGCAUUUAGAAGAGGCAUCGAUGGAAGAGGCAGCAACUGGAGAAGUUUUGGAUCGUUGAUACAUAGCCAAGAUUAGCGACAGAUGUUCAUGUAGGUUUCCAAAAAUUUUGUACUGGGUAUUUGUUAUUGUAGCACGAGGUUGGAAUCUUUCAUAUUUUGAGCUCAUUUUUAUC